AUGAACGAGUUAAGACCAGAUUUAGAACUAUCAGAAUUUUCUGGACGAGGUAUCGAAUAUUUGCUUGAAAUUACUGAAAAGAAUUUCAUCCCAUGGUUUAGCAUAGGUGUUGUAGCUGGUUUAGUUGUUGUCCAAAUGGCAGUAGGUGGAGCUCUUAUAGCAACUGGCUUUGGAGCCACUGUAGGAAUGGGUAUGAUUACUGAAGGAGCAGCAGAUUUAUUGAUUGCUUAUCGAAUCUAUAACACAAGAAAAUUUUGUUGGUCAGAUUAUGGAAAGCAAAAAGCAGUAAGUUUGGUUAUCUCAGCAGUUUCAAUGGGAUUUUCAGCAAUUAAAGAUGCAGGUAAAGGAGUUAAGACUUUAGUGACAGCCGCAGGAGAAGGAGUACUUGAGCAAGCUGGUACAAAACUAGUAACAAGUGAGAAAGCGUCAUGCCAAGUGGUAGUUACGACUGGAAAAAAUUUGAGAAGCCUAGCUAUAAAACAAGUAGAAGUAACUGUCGGUGAAAAUGUACUAAGAGAAAGUUUAAAUAAAUUAUCAGAUGCCGAAUUCAAUUUUGUACUUGAGCAAUUGAAACCACACAUUUUAAAUUCGAUUCAAAACAAAGUUAUUAAUGAGUUCUGUAAGUCAAAUUUACUGGCACUGAUAUGUAAAAUGUAUGCCAUUGAUAUAAUAAAUAAAAAUGAACAAUUUAAGGAAAAAAUAAAUAAAAUAAUAAUUGAAACAAUUAAUUGUCAGCAUGGCUUCUGCCGUAAACAAUGGGAUUCUAUUGGUGCCACAUUAUGCGAUGGCAUUUUAUCAAGUACAUAUAGAGUGCGAAGUCCAUUAAGUAUACUUUUAAGAACAUCUGCUACUCUAAAUGCCAUGCGUGAACUUAUUUUUAUAAUGAAGAAAGUUCAUGAUCAGCUUCUAAACAAACUCACAGAAAUAGAUCGAGAAACUUUGCCAAUGCGACAGAUUUUUUGUUCUUAUUGUGGAGUCAGUGACGAUGAUUCGAAGGAAAUUGUAAAGAUUUUUGAGACACAAGAUAUAGUAGAACUUAAUAACGAAUUAGUAAAUCAAGACUUUCCCAGCAAAUUAGAGAAAAUCAGGAUUCAUGGAUUUUCGAAUUAUGAAGAUAAAAUUUUAAAUUUUUUAAAAUUGUUACAUAAAGAUAUGCAUGGUUUGGAAAUGAAUAAUUUUAAUGAGAUAAUGAAAUUAGUGUCAGACAGAAUUACAGAUGAAUCCUUGAAAAUAAUAGAAUCGCAGUUUAUAUCACCCUGGAGUAGUUAUGUUACGGGUGAAGUAACAAAAGCUAUUUCAGAAAGAAUACAGCAUCAUUUUAUUGUUGAUGAAAACCAAAAUUAA